GGGAGGGAGGGGCAUAUUUUGCUGUAAGCAGCAGUGGUGUCAGGCUGGGCUGCAGGGGGAAAUCUCUGGGACUGGCUGAUGGGGCUCAAACUGGUACGAGGUUGGUGGAUGAUCACAUGAUAACAAUCCAGUGGGCAGGAGCCUGGUUCAAACCCGCCAUUUUCCUGGAACUCCUGAUCCUUUUCGGCAGAGGAAGAAAGAGGAUUUGAACCCUGGGUGGCGAUAGCUGCCCAAGUGACCGCCGAGCCCGUAAAUAAGAAAAAACUCAGAGCAGCCCGUCCCGACCGGGGCUUCUCCCUUCCCGGGUUUCCAGUUUACUUUUUGUUUUUGGUUGUGCGGUUUCUCUUUCCAACCUUUCUUUUUGGUCUGCCUGGCUGGGGUGGCUCCGUGAGAGGGAUUUAAACCCCCUCUGUGCAUGAAUCUGCUGCUGGCGAGGAGGGAAGAUGUCGGGACAGAGUAUCACGGACCGUAUUGCCGCGGCUCAGCACAGUGUCACCGGCUCGGCCGUCUCGAAGACCGUAUGUAAAGCCACAACACACGAGAUCAUGGGCCCCAAGAAAAAGCACCUCGAUUAUCUCAUUCAGUGUACAAAUGAGAUGAAUGUAAACAUACCUCAGCUGGCAGAUAGCCUUUUUGAAAGAACUACAAAUAGCAGCUGGGUAGUGGUAUUCAAGUCUCUCAUCACAACUCAUCAAAUGAUGGUUUAUGGAAAUGAGCGUUUUAUCCAGUACCUAGCUUCAAGAAACACCUUGUUCAACCUGAACAAUUUUCUAGAUAAAAGUGGGUUGCAAGGGUAUGACAUGUCUACUUUCAUCCGGCGUUAUAGUAGAUACCUAAAUGAAAAGGCAGUCUCCUACAGGCAGGUUGCUUUUGACUUCACCAAGGUGAAAAGAGGGGCUGAUGGAGUGAUGAGAACAAUGAAUACAGAGAAAUUGCUAAAGACUAUGCCCAUUAUACAGAAUCAGAUGGAUGCAUUGCUGGACUUCAAUGUCAGUGCCAAUGAACUCACAAAUGGAGUGAUCAAUGCAGCUUUUAUGCUACUAUUCAAAGAUGCCAUUAGACUUUUUGCAGCUUAUAAUGAAGGGAUCAUUAAUCUAUUGGAAAAAUACUUUGAUAUGAAGAAAAACCAGUGCAAGGAGGCUCUUGACAUAUACAAAAAGUUCCUUACUAGAAUGACAAGGAUCUCUGAAUUCCUCAAAGUUGCAGAACAAGUUGGAAUCGACAGGGGAGACAUACCAGACCUUUCUCAGGCACCAAGUAGCCUUCUUGAUGCAUUGGAACAGCAUCUGGCUUCAUUGGAAGGCAAGAAAGUUAAAGACUCUUCGACAGCUGCUAGCAGAGCUACCACCCUUUCAAAUGCAGUCUCAUCACUUUCUAACACAGGCAUGUCACUCAGCCGAGUAGAUGAAAGAGAAAAACAAGCUGCUUUGGAGGAAGAACAGGCCCGGUUGAAAGCACUCAAGGAACAGCGUUUGAGGGAACUUGCAAAAAAAUCCUAUCCAUCUUCUGCGACAACUGCCGCAUCACCCAGUUCAACCUCGGGUGGAAGUAUCAGCACAACUGCAGCUGUAGAUCUCUUCUCAACACCUGGUUCUUCCAACAGCACUUCCAAAGUGCCAAAUGACUUGCUUGAUCUCCAGCCAACAUUUCAACCAUCCAUGCAAUCCAUCUCGACAAUGCCUCCAGCGUCUAAUACAUGGGGAGAUCCUUUCUCCUCCUCUGAUGCUGGUGAUGAAGUCAUUCCAAGUUUAAAUCCUUUUCUUACGAAAGCUGAUGAAGUUCUAAAUACCACUGUCGCCUUCUCAGAUGGUGUGACCUUUACUUCUAGGACGCAUAGCCAUGAAAUGUUUGAUCAUUUCAAUCCUUUUACUGAGCCAAGUUCUACUGUUGCCACAAAAUAUGAAUACACUCCUCGGAUUGACCGUUUUGUCUCAGAUUCCUUCUGUGGUCCUCCAGCCUAUUCUAAUGCUUCCCAGUUUAGAACUGAGCCCCCUGCUGUAGCUGGUCUAUUUGCAGGGUUCAAUCCCUCACCAGCUACUCAGGCACCAUCAUCAACCAGCCUUAAUGUUGACUUUGAGUCCGUAUUUGGGACUAAAUCAGCCUCCACAGCCAACAGCAUCAUUGAUUCUGGUGACUUUGAUGGAUUAGGUGGACUCUUGAAACCAACAAUAGCUUUGCAGAAUCAGUCUCAACCACUUGCAAAGCAGCAACCAGGCAAGCUUGUAGGAGAAGAUUUGGAUUCAUCGUUGGCUAACCUUGUAGGCAACUUGGGAAUUGGAAAUGGAUCCACAAAAAAAAGUGAUCUUCAUUGGAACCAGCCUGGGGAAAGGAAGUUGACUGGAGGAACCAACUGGCAGCCAAAGCUUGCUCCUACUACCACCUGGAAUCCUGCUACAAUGCGGAAUGGCAUGCAUUUUCCUCAAUGCGCUCCCCCCAUAAUGGCUUACCCAGCGACAACACCAACAGCAGUGAUGGGAUAUGGCAUGCCCCCUGCAAUGGGAACUAUGCCUAUGAUGACGCAACAAACAAUGAUGUACACCCAACCAGCCAUGAGACCAUCAAACCCUUUCAGUUCUGUACCUGGAGCACAGUUGCCUACAGCCUCAAGCCCUUCUAAUCAAAGUUCUCCUAGAGCUCCUGGAAAGGAUCCGUUUGCAGAGCUCUCUCUCAAGGAUUUCUUGUAGAACAGACAAGAUACACUUUAUGUAAUGGCAUCAAACGGAACCAUUCCAAGAAGAUAAGUGCUAAGCAGCAACUUUUAUUCUUGCGAAAUACUCGCUGUUUGUGAAACUAUCUUCCAUAAGGAUGUUCUCAAUAUGGAUAAUAAACAAGAUUGCAGAAUGACCAAGAUGAAAGGUUCAUUGGAAAGCCAAUGUUGAUGUAUCAACUUCAGCAGCAAGUGGAAAGGCUUAUUUUGUUUGGCUGAUGACUGAUUCAAUCAUGAUAUUAAAUUGUUCCAACCAAUAAUGCCGUACAAUACCCUGUACAUCAAGUAAUAUGUUCUCAUGCUGAGUGAAACUUCUAUUGAUUCAGAAUUGACAGCUUGAAAAAAACAAUAAGAUUUGUGGCUAAGAGCUGCUGGAUUGUAAAUUAUCAGGAUUUGGUGAGGUAUUCUUUGAAAAGCAGCAGUAAAUUAUGUAACUUUUGUAUGUACACCAAGUAUCAAUUUUUCUUUCACCUUCACAGAAUAAUCAUGCUAAAAUUAUUAAUUCAGAAUUUUACUUUUUAUUCAAGUUUGCAGUAGACAUUCCUUGUGUACUAUGUUUGUAUUUAUUUAUGACUGUCAGAUUAAGUAACAAUAUUGCAUCAGAUGCUUUCUGUAAGGAUUAAUGUGAAUGUGCAUGCUUCAUCAGUUAGAUGAAAACAUGGGUUUGAAUGGAAAAUGCAGUUAAUUGAAAGAUGGAGCACUAAAUAUUCUACAACUCAAGUUUACUUAUCCCUUGUACAAUUAUUUGUAAGCAGAUUCACAAUCUUGCAUUUGUAUGGGAUUUAGGAUGAAUAAUGUAUUAAUCAAUGUAGUUAAUUCUGUGCCUAGGAUUUUGCAAUGGAACAGUUAUUGACUUGCAAACUACUACUUUUGUAUUUUGGCAUUAGCAUAAAUGGGAAGGCCUUUCUAUGCUCAGCAUGUCAUUAUUUUACAUCCGAGUUUAAUGCUGCCUUUCCUGACUAGAAUGUAAAGAAUUGCCUUCAGUUCACAAAGAUCCUCUACCUCCAUAGGACUCCAAAUCAUAUGCAGAUCUCAGAACACUUCAAAUAUUUGUUUAAAUGUCCACACAUGGUGUCUUCACUUGGUUGGUUCUGAGAAGACUUGUUUACACAAAGUUGGAUAUGAGGGAAUAGUUUCUGUGUAGAAAUUUUUUAAAAGUAAAGCAAGAUAAAAUGUAACACAAAGCACUGUUGAUCGGUGCUCACUGUAUAUAACAUGAACUCUGUUCAUAUUACUGGUGUGAAGGAUAGCUUGAGCUUAAGGCAAUUCGGUACACAAACUUUGCAAAAUUUUGCUGCAUUGUCUUUGCAGAAUAUAUUUUGUUUAAAUGAAAAAAAUGUAUGUUAGGAGAAAAUUUGGUGGAUUUUCAAAUAAAGAGCAGCUUUCACUGACAUUUUGUUACCAA